UUAAGCUGAGAGCACUCGUUUGCAAUUGUCUUGAUCAUCUGUAGUACCUGUACUGCAGCGCGUAUUUGCAUUAUAACGUUGUGUUCAAUUUAAAGAAAGCUUAGACAAAUCUAACAGCCUGGCGAUGUAUUUUCCAACAUCGUGUUGCACCCUUCCCCCAGUGGAGUCGAAUUACACCCCCACAGGUUCUAACGUCCAACUGGAAGAUUUCUCAGUGUAUGAGACUGGAGAUACCAAAAGCUACAAGUUGCUAAUUUGUUUAUACGACAUUUUUGGAUUCCACCCAGUCACGAAGCAAUUCUGCGACAAGUUGAGCUCCUCUGGCUUUCGAGUAGUUAUGCCAGAUUUUUUUAGAGGAAAACCAUUUCCUUCUGAAACCUAUCCACCAAAAGACCGGCAAGUCCUCGUGGAUUUUGUGACGACGAGUGGCUCCUGGGAGAAAGUCGUGAAAGGCGACCUUUGCAAACUUUUCGAGCAUUACAGGGGGCAAGGGGUAGGACAAAUUGGAAUGUUUGGGUUUUGUUGGGGUGCUCUGAUGUGCGUCUCGGCUUCCUGUGAAUAUUCCAGUGACAUCAAAGCAAUCGCAUUGAUACAUCCAUCGCUUGUUAAGGACGAAGAUGGGGACCGAGUCAUGACUCCGGUCCUUGUUCUCCCCGCUAGCGGUGAUGCUGACAUGGUUCCCUUUUAUGAAAAAGUGAAAGCAAGAUUUGGUGAGGAUGGGAGUGGUCAUCACCGCUUUGUGGACGUGCCGCAUGGGUUUUGUGCCGCUCGUGGAAACAUGGAGGAUGAGUUGAACAGGAAACGUGUUGAUGAAGCUUUGACUCUGACUCAUAAAUUCUUCAGCAAACAGUUGAAAUAAUUACCAGAGUAGAUUAUGACAAAAAAUAGUACUUUCUAGUAAUUUUUCAUUAGGAGGAAGCAUAUUGAUUUCAUUAUUACCUAUGUAAAACAUAGGGCAGUAUUGCUUGUUAAAGUAUAAAUAUUGCAUUCGAUCAACAAAUAUAAAAUUUGGUUUACAAUUUGAUAUUAUUUAUGUCAUCAGAGACUUGCAUGCACCAAGAUUGAACGAUCAUCGCAUUAGGCACAGUCCCAUGGCGGUGUUUCAUUUGAUUUUUUCACUUGCACGACUUGCAAAUUAUUUGCAUUUUAUUUCUACUUUUAGAUAGAAAUAAAAAUACAACUAUCUUUUGUAAACCAUUGGUUUAACGUAUUACAAAGUUAUGUCAGUAAAUUGGUGAAGUUGGUUUUUAUCUGCAUAAAGUUUCAUCUCAUCAGAUAUUCAAUCCAUGGAUUGCACAUUGCUGUGAGAAUUAAACAAAAUACAGGUCAUAAAAAAUGUCCACUCCGAACCCACCCAUAAUAAUUAGCAAAGGGUCGGGAAUAAUUAGUCGAAGUUCGUCAGUCCGAAUUCCUGGAACUUUCUCCUCUACGUUUCGAUAUGGUGAACAGGUCGUAUCCACCGGGGUUUCAUCCCUCGACUCAUUCAUCGGAGGGGGCAUCCCUCUGGGCUGUGUUUGCAUUAUUAAGGACGUCUUUCCUAGUCGAUAUGCCGACUGUGUCUUGAAAUCGUUCAUCGCAGAAGGUGCAUCCUACAACCACCACAUUUUUGUAGCCUCUGGCAGAGAAAAUUGUCAAGAGUAUCUCGUUAACGAGCUUCCAUCACUGGUUUCAUCGUCGUCUAAACAAUCGGAUAAGAAUAUCAAGGACGACGCAGGUGGUGACAAUAAUGAGACGAUGAACAUCAUGAAUCCUAGUAAUAUGAAGAUCGCAUGGCGUUAUGGGCAUCAGCAGCAGAGGGGCGUCGGAGGAACAACAGGGGGAGGAAAGGAAAUCACGAAGUUUGAUUUUACGAAAAAGAGUUCAGCGGCCGAUCUGGGAGCAAAACAUGUCACCAUCAGCAAAAUUGUGCAAGAUAAUUAUGAUUCUCUAAAUGAUCCCACGUGCAAGGAUCUUUUGCAAGAAAUAGUGGCAGUGGUGAAUGACUUUAAAUUACCGCUGUCUACAGCAGCUCAUAAUUCCACCCCAGCCACCGGUGUACAAGUGAAAUUCCCAACCAAUCUUGUGAGGAUUGGACUUUCUCAUUGUGAAGAACAAGUAUUGUCGCCAAAGUUUAUGUUAGGUCUGAAGGCAAUUACAAGACAUACCAAUUCGUGCGCUUUGAUAACAAUUUCGGAGAUGGCAUCGCCCACGACAAAAAUCGGCAGGUGUGAGCAUUUUGCAGAUUAUGUGAUAUCCUUGCAAGCCGUCACAGAUGAAAAGAGACGAACAGACCUUGGGGACAUUGAUGGAAUUUGUGAUGUUUUGAAAAUAUCGUCUCUAAAUUCUCUCAAACCUGUAGAUCUUCCGAGAGACUUGGGAUUUUCGUUUAAAAAGAAGCGUCUCGUAUUUCAUGAGCUAAAUCUACCCCCUGAAGGAGAAAGCACAGCGCAACGUGAAGCGUCCAACAACACCUACUUUUCUACUUCAACAGGAGCUUGUGGUGGAACAACGAUUAAAGGAAAAUCUAUCGAAUUUUAACACUGUGUGUACAUUUAUAUUUUUAGCAAUUUAUUAUUACUACUCGUAUAAAUAGCUAUACAAUAAUAUAUGUAGAUAUAUGAUAUAUGGACAGAUUAUACCUAGAUUUUAUUAUCUUUAAAUAACUGUAAGCACGAUGUACAUUUUGUAUCUGAGAAAUUAAGAAGCAGUAAAGGACACUGUUUACUACGA